GUGGAAGAUACAGCCAAAUGACUUCAAAAGAAAUUAUAUGCCUAGCCAAUAUCCAAAAGUGGUGUACCUGCUGUAUGAAAUCAGGUGGAGCAGAGGUACCGUCUGGAGGAAUUGGUGCUCAAACAGUUUUACCCAACAUGCUGAAGUCAACUUCUUGGAAAAUUAUUUCAAGCCCAUGCCAUCAGUUUCUUGCUCCAUCACCUGGGUCCUAUCUACCACCCCCUGUGGGAAAUGCUCCAGAAGAAUUCUGGAGUUCCUGAGGGUACAUCCCAAUGUGACCUUGGAAAUAUACGCAGCCAAGCUGUUCAAGCACCUGGAUAUCCGUAACCGGCAAGGUCUCAGAGACCUGGCAAUGAAUGGAGUCACUAUACGUAUCAUGAAUCUUGCAGGUAACCCAACUACCCUUUAG